CUUCGUGGCACACAAACUCAUUUUCUCUUGCUGUUGGAUCUAUAUUACACAUCAGCACAAUGUGUAAAGGCCUCGCUGCCCUUCCUGCUACAUGCUUGAAAAGCGCCAAAGACAUCAAGCAUAAGAUUGGGUUCCUGCUUCAAAAAACUGAACCACAACAAGAACAGAAGCCUCUGAAGGAGAAACUAAAGGCAACAGAGAACAGAGUCUCUCCUGUUGAAGCCCAGAAAUGGAAAACAUCAUUUAACUACCUGAUCCAAAAUGAACAUGGUCGAAAUGCUUUUUCUGCUUUCUUGCAGUCUGAGUACAGUCAGGAAAACAUUGAGUUCUGGGAGGCUUGCGAGGAGUUAAAGCAAACAUCGGUGGACAAAUUCAACCUGAAAGCUGGAAAGAUAUUCGAGCUGUACGUUGAAGCUGAUUCUCCGAAUGAGGUGAAUUUGGAUUCUGCCACCAGAGAGAGUACAAGAAAGAAUCUGGAAAACUGCGAUGCGUCCUGUUUUGAUGAAGCACAGAGUAAGAUCUUUACCCUCAUGGAAAAGGACUCUUACAUACGCUUCCUGAAAUCCAAACUGUUCCUGGAAAUGUGUCAACCUCCAUCGAACAACAAACCCUGUAGCUUAGAGAAGAGAGGAAAGCAUCACAUUUCAGAGCACAGUCAGUGUGUGCCUAGUUAUGCCUAAUUCAACCCAUCUUAAACUGGAUGAACAAACUCGAAUUUCGCCAUUAUCUGACCUCCGCUCAUUUGGCUUCGGUUUGUAAAGCUUGUUCAAGUGUUAAAAGAUGGCAGAGAUUCAUAGCAAUGACACAAAUCUGAUGUCCAUCAAAUGUGAUUGUAUUCCAUUGUCCUUACAAUGAAGACCCUAAGGGGCAGUACAUGUCACACAAAAGUUAUUUUUCACUUUUGGCUUCGCAAAAGUGUUACUGAAGUGUGUAACUUAUCAUUGAAAGCAUGACGAUCAUUUCCGAAGUGGUUGAGCGACAGCAAUGUUUUCUUUCAAAACAAGGAAAACCCACAAUUGUUCAAGCAUGAAAUUGCAUUAAAUUGGCGUCUGGAAAACAGAACACCAAUGACGUACUUUACAACUAAAUGACUGUUACAGAUUAGGGAAAAGAUAAAAAUCUGAGCUAUAGUGGGAAUAUGAUGAUUCACUAAUAACAUCGCUAUUAAUAGCCAAGUAUAUUCUCUGUACUCUUUUAAAAUGGUGUAAUAUAUGUAUUCACAUAUUUUUGGUGUGUAAAAAUACACCACUGGUGAUGUUUUGUUAAGGAUUCUUUAACUGUGAAUUUUAGGAGGUUUGUUUUCUCUUGGCCGCCCAUUGUACUUCAAGCUACGGCAUUCAGAACACAAGUGAAUGUGAUAAAUUUACCUCUGCAAUGUAUUACCUGUCACUGCCAAUGAUUUAUUAUCUGUUCUGUAGCUGUAUGGCAAAAUUCAAUAUUAAAGCAUUCAUCCUUCUAUUAGAAUAAA